UCACCCCGCGUGGCGCUGACGUCACCGGCGCUGCCACCCGCGCUCCCGCGGGGAAUGUCCGCUGUGCCUGCGGGACCGAGCCGCCGCACGGACCUGCCGCCUUAGCUGUGAAUCCUGGGAGCUCUCCUGGAAGCAGGAGGGAAGCCACGAGGUGGCAGUGUGCCCCAGGAAAUGGAGCGCUGCCACCUGCCCGGCGCUCCAGAGAGCAGGAAUUCAGCCCGGAGAUCCGGCUGCGGGGACACUUGGCCUCUUACAGGAGCUGAGGCACGUCUGGGCAUCAUCACUCUGAGCUGAAUUAGACCUGUCUGAGCUUUCACCAUCCUGUCACAGAAGAGGCAAAGGAAGCAACAGGGCUCAGAGUGAGUGGCUCCAGGUGUCAACUGAGCAAACUCAGGAUCAGCUGCAGCUCUUCCAGAGUGCGUGUCCACGUGCAGAAUAUUCCGGAACAGUGAAGCCAAAAGGCUGGAAUUAGAAAGGCAGCUGAUGGAAUACACAAUGGCUGAUCCAUACCUGGUGCAGGUGAAGUCCCUGGAGCUGCAGAAGCACCUGGCAGCAGUGUCCGAGCGGCAGCAGUCGGCUCUGCGGCGGAACCAGUCCUACCGCCGGGAAUUCCGCCGGCUGCAGGAGCACAUGGACACCACAGGUUUGGAGAUGAUCCGCAAGAUGGAAGCGUGGUAUGGAAGGGAAAUUAAAAGCCUGUUAUCCCUUCAAGAGGGCAGCUUGUCAGCAGGAGGUGACAAGGAGGAAGGAUCCAGCGAGCAGGUGCCACAGGCUGGAGGACGGGCGGGAAUUGGCACCGAGGCAGCCGUGCCAAGAGAACAGUUCCAUCCAGCCACAGCCUUCCUGGGCUGCCCCACUCCAGCUGUCUCGGCCACGGGAGGUUUGGGAAUGCAGCAGGAGCCUCCCCAGCCCCCAUUCCCUGAGGGAUGUGGUGCCCAGAACCAGAGCAGCGCUGCUGGAGAGACCGAGGGGUCCCUGGAGGGAGCACACGGGGACCUGGCUGCCAGCGAGGAAGGCUCUGAGCAGCUCCUCUCCUCAGCUCCUGACCCCACACCAGCCACCCCCGAGGAGGGACAGCUGCAGGGAGGUGUUCCAGGAUCAAAGUCUGUGCUGAGUAACUGGUGGGCUGGCCCAGAGGAGAGCAGUGCAGAGCUCCUGGUGUCCAGCAGUGCCGAGGAGGGGGUGACCCCCAGCACUGCCAGCGCCCAGCAGGAGCGGGAUGGGGAUGCCCAGGCUGGGGAGGGCUCCCCACUGAGCUCCAUCCUGGCACAGCAGGAGCCCUCAGACAGCUCAGCACCACACAGGGACACGGAUGUGCUGCAGAGUCACCUGAGCCACCAUUCCCUGUUCCUGGAGCAGCACCGGGCUCGGGCCCCGGAGGGAGCAGCAGAGAUGUCUGACGACCUGCUGGCUUUGGGCGAGGAGGCACAGGACAGCCAGGCUCUGCCGGUGCUGAGAGAGGCCCUUCCAGGAGAGUGUGGGGAUAGGUCACCUGUCCAGGGUGAAGAGUCGUCCUGCAGUCUGCCAUCGAUGCCGACAGACGGCGGGGAAGGGGAGCGGGCGGAACGCGCUGCCCGGCUCACCGGCACGGGAGAACCAGGUCGGGAUAUGGACGAGGACAGUUCCAAAGCCAGUGACAGCCGGGAGGCGCCUCAGGAAACCAGCUCUUCGUCAGAUGGAAUAGUCCUUCCCUUCUCCAGGACGGAGACGCGGAAGGAGAAAGUAACUGCCAUAAAAUCCAAAGCGUUCUGGGGCGAAUCGGACGACAGCAGCUCUGAGCUCGAGGCCGCCCUGCGCCCGCAGACCCACAGCGCCCAGUCAGACGACUUCGAUGACUUCUAUGCUUGAGAUUCCCUGCUGGCUUCUGGGGAGCAGCAGAAGCAUUGUUUCAGAGCCCACUCACACUCACAGUGAGUGUGCUGUGGGCUGAAGCGCUGCUCGUCACUUUACGGGCAAAGGAAAUGUAAAUACAAAAUAAACAUGAUAGGUCCUA